CACACACCCCUUCCCAUCGUUCUGCUCGACGUUCGUGUCUCUGUCUACCAUGUCCGCCCUUCGUGCUCUUCGUCAGCUCACCGCUUCGUCUUCUCGGUCGCUCGCUGCUCGCUCAGCGACACGUGCCGUUGCUCGCGCUACUGUCGCUGCGCGCGUUGCGCCUGUUGCGUCAAGAGCGUUCUCCGUGUCUGCAAAAAGACUUGGCGAGGGUGCUUCGGACGUUGCUCUCACGCAGAGGCUUGCGGAGGAGCUCAAGUACGAGACCGAAGCCGCCCCACCGACUGAGCCCGAGUUCUUGAAGGCAUUCAAGGCACAGGGCACCUGGUCGAUCGAGGACACCCCUGGAUUGGAUGAGGUCACUCUCACUCGCAAAUUCGGCAACGAAGACAUUCGCUUGAUCUUCUCCAUCGCCGACAUCCAGACGGAGCAAGAGGCCGAAUUCGAGGAGGGCCAGGAGGGUGUUGAGGAGGGCGCCGAGGAUGCUGACGCACCCCUUCACGCCUACCCUAUCCGUUGCUCCUUCUCGUUCACCAAGGCUUCCACCCCUGGCGCGCUCACCAUCGACGCGAUGUGCCAGGAGGGCACGUUCGUCAUCGACAACAUCUCAUACUACAGCGACGCCAAGGUCGGUACCGAGCUUACCGCCGAAGCGGACUGGAAGCGCAGGGGUUACUACCUCGGCCCUCAGUUCGACACCCUCGAUAUCUCGCUGCAGGACGAGUUCGACAAGUUCCUGCAGGAACGCGGCAUCAACCAGACGCUCGCGUACUUUGUUCCCGAGUACGCUGAGCACAAGGAGCAGAAGGAGUACGUCAGCUGGCUGAAGAACGUCAAGGACUUCGUUGAGGCAUAAAUGCCUCCCACGUUCUCCUAAUGGAUAGCCUCUCUAAUGCCCUUCCAUGCGCAUCCUCACUAUCGUAGACUGACCUGGCCGUCUUACUCACCCCCUGACGCCCGUAAAACAUUGCCGUUAUAAUCCACGUGGUAGUCAUGGCCUCCGCGCUUAAUAUACACCUCCCUUCCCUUCCACCUGUCAGCGUCCAGUAUAGAUGGACAAUUAGUCGAC